AAACUUAAGAGUGGACAGUUAAGAUGACGGCCAUCGAGAGUAAAGAGGAGAUCAGUGACACUGACAGUGGGAUUAUUUUGCACUCUGGACCAGACAGCCCCACGUCUCCACUGAAGGACCUGACCACUCACACCAGAGCCCUGAAACUGAAGCACCAGUCUCUGGAGGAGCGUCUGGAGCUCUGCCUGCUGGAGCUGAGAAAACUCUGCAUCAGAGAGGCAGAGCUGACUGGUACACUGCCCUCAGAUUAUCCUCUGAUGCCUGAUGAAAAGCCACCAUGCGUCAGAAGGAGAAUUGGAGCUUCCUUUAAGCUAGAUGAAGGUCUGAUCCAUCUGGAUAAACAGGAUUCAGAGCUGCAAGUGCUGGAAACAGACUUGGCUCUUCAGCAGCAGAUUUAUGAAGCAGCCCGUAAACUCUCACUGGAGAACAACCUCAGCAAACCACAGAAGAAGAGUCGCCUCCAGCAGUGCAAGCGGGUGGAGAAGAAAGUGAAGGAUCUGCAGGAGGCCGUGUUCCAGCACAGGACCAAAAGCCAGUGCAACUCACCAUGCAUCAACAUCCAAUCAAGCCGUAACAAAGAUGUUUGCCUGUCUGAUGACAGCUCCCUGUCUGAUGUGGUGGCCCUGGAUGAUGAUGUGGACUCGCCCUCCCCCCUCUCUCCUCCAGUAAUGGGCACUUCUUAUUCAGACCCUCUCCAGCUGUCAGCCAAAACCCUGCAGUCAUCUCACCAUUCAUCAAGUCAGCUCAGUGUGGAGUAUGAGCGCUCCCCCAUCCAGAACUCUCCAUGGAAGGAGUCCAGUCUGGACCAGCCUUACCAGAAGGCAACAAAACCUCAGUCUGCUAACAGCAGCAGGUCCAGCAGUCCAACAGGAACCCAGGUUUCUACAGAAAGCUGCCGGAUCCCACUGUCUCAUUUUAUCAAGAACUCAGCUCUGCGUCACAACCACUCCACCAGCGCGCCCUCCACCCCAGAGCUGCACAUACGUCGCCAGUAUUCCCAGUCCUUCAGGCUUCCUAAAAACAAGCCGUCUGUUGACAUGGAGCGUCUCUCCUCAAACAGCCGAGGACGAUCCAAGCUGCCCCAGCGCCGCUGCGUGGCUGAUUUCAUGGUGCGCUCUCCAGAGUUCUCUCCUCUGCGUCCGUACCAGUCCAGCUCUGAGGACAGCAGCUCGGAGCACUCGUCCUCCUCUUAUAUCAGCUCCCCCAGCAGGGAUGGACCCAGCCAGAUCCCAAAGCUCUGCCCACCGCCUUAUGGAUUUCACUUUGGGGCACAGAAACAAGGACACUCCAGCUUGUCCAUCUCACACAAGAACAACACGCAGUCCCAGGCUAAAAACAGCUACUUCAAGGCCACCACAAAGGAUGACCCGCUCUCCCCUCAAGACCUGGGCAUGGGGAAGUGCAUCCUGUCCUCCCCUCCUGUGGCACGCAGUCCUCAGCAAAGACAGUGGCCGGAGGGAGCAUCGUCCCCAUGGAGAAACCUAAAGCCUCCUCCGCCUUACACCAGGCUAGUGCGAACACCUUCACUGAAGGAGUAUCCCAACCACGCUUUUAGACUUUUGCCCAGGGAGAUCGUGUCAGAGGAGCUGAAGUCGUGGCAUCAGAGGAAUCAGCUGCAGAAACUAUGGCCCAACUGCCUGGAGCAGCAAAACUCCAUGAACGUCAAAACGCCCACAUCACCUCACCUGCCUCCGUUUAAACAGGGCUCAGGUAACGUGAUUCUGCAGAGAGCUGCAGACGGGACUCCGCUGCAGUGGUUUGUUGCUGAAGAUGCUGAAAUUGUGAGCCAAGUGUAGCUGAUAUCCUCUCCCCCAUGUUCAUGAGGAUAUACUGUAUUUUAUUUGUUUCUAUUUAUCUCUGUAUUUAUUAAUACAUCUGUGGACUCACCCGUGAACAUGAUGCAGAACACGUGGACCUAUUGUUGAUUGGCACAUUUCUCUCUCUCCCUCUCUCUUCUUCUAAUUUAUAAAGUUAAUGCAAGGUGCUAUUCUAGUUACUAUUUAUUUUAAUUGUUUCCUCAGACAUGUUUGAGGUGAAUCAGGGUUUAAACAAUCCUUCAAAAAAUUCGCCAUACAGUAGUUUUAAGAUAAAUGUAUCCAUUCCUAAUAUAAUUUCAAUUUCUUUUCACUAUAUUUAUCUAUUAUUUAAAGUUCCCCUUUCGCCACAGAGAUUGUAAUACAUAUUUGAAAAUGAAUUUU